AUGAUUCGAGAAUUUGUGCUAUUUUUCAUCUUAGUGUCUUGUGUGUAUGGUGAAGGUUGUGUGAGAUACACAUUCGAAGAAGGAUUUUACGAAUUAUUUGAUGAUGAUUCUGAACUAUGUGAAAAUAGCGUGCCUUGGCUUCUGGAACUUUACAAACAUACACAUCUCACCAGCCCACACGUGCUGAGUACUAAAUACAUAAACCCUCAAGAAGUAACCAGUUGUGUGUCAUCUUUUACAUUUCCCAUGAACUUUGGGGGUAUUAUCGAAGUGAAUGCUUUUGUUCAAAUGACAGAUAAUGCAGACGCACUCUAUGUAGCCGCUAGUAAAGUUGUAACAAAUGACUCGGUUCAGAGUGCAGGUAGCAUCGCGAUUACACCACAUCAGCCCGACUUCAAACCUGGAUGGCAUGCCUUGAGGUUCACAUUAUCAGGGAUUGAUGAGGAAACGUUUAAUGGCUAUAUUUCUAUUUUAGGAAUGGCCUCACAAACAUCAAUUGUCUUAGUGGAUUCAUUUCGGUAUAUACCGCCCAACACUGACGAAAGCGAUUGUGUGCUAUAUGAAAUAGAAGAUGAUGUUACGACUGUUCCUACUACUGAAUCUACUACUGAUCCUACCACUGACCUAACCACUGGUCCCACCACUGAUCCUACCACUGAUCAAAGCACUGAACCCAGUACUGAUCCCACUACUGAUCCCACUACUGAUCCUACCACUGACCCUACUACUGAUCCCACCACUGAUCCUACCACCGACCCUACCACUGAUUUGACCACUGAACCGACCACUGAUCCUACCACUGACCCCACCACCGAUCCCACGAUUGAUCCUACCACCGACCCUACAACUGAUUUGACCACUGAACCGACCACUGAUCCCACCACUGAUCCUACCACUGACCCCACCACCGAUCCCACGACUGAUCCUACCACCGACCCUACCACCGACCCUACCACCGAUCCCACCACUGAUCCUACGACCGACCCUACCACUGAUUUGACCACUGAAUCGACCACUGAUCCCACCACUGAUCCUACCACUGACCCUACCACCGAUCCCCCGACUGAUCCUACUACCGAUUUGACCACUGUACCGACCACUGAUCCCACCACUGAUCCUACCACUGACCCCACCACCGAUCCCACCAUUGCUCCUACCAUCGACCCCACCACUGACCCCACUACCGACCCUACCACUGAUCCAACCACUGAUCCCACUACUGAUCCUAUCACCGAUCCCACUACUGAUUCUACCACCGAACCGACCACUGAUCCUAUUACUACUGAUCCUACUACUGAUUCCACCACUGAUCCUACUACUGAUACCACCCCUGAUCCCACUACUGAUCCUAUCACUGAACCGAGUACUGAUCCCACCACUGAUCCCACCACUGAUCCUACCACCGACCCCACCACCGACGCCACCACUGAUCCUACCACCGAUCCGACCACCGACCCCACCACCGAUCCUACCACCGACCCCACCACCAUUUCCACCACUGAUGCGACUACCGACCCCACCACUGAUCCCAAUACUGAUCCUACCACUGGUCCCACAACCGAUCCUUCCACUUAUCCUACUACUGAGUUCACCACUGAUCCUACAACCGACACCAUAACCGAUCCUACCACGGAACCCACCACUGAUCCUACCACUGAUCCCACCACUGAUCCCACCACUGAUCCUACCACUGAUCCCACCACUGAUCCCACCAGUGAUUCCACCACUGAUUCCACCACUGAUCCCACCACUGAUCCCACCACUGCUCCUACCACUGAUCCCACCACUGAUCCCACCACUGAUUCCACCACCGAUCCCACUACUGAUCCUACCACUGAUCCUACAACCGAUCCUUCCACUGAUUUCACCACUGAUCCUACCACCGACACCAUAACCGAUCCUACCACUGACUCUACCACUGAAUCUAUCACUGAUCCCACCACUGAUCCCACCACUGAUCCCACCACUGAUCCCACCACUUAUUCCACCACUUAUCCCACCACUGAUCCUACCACUGAUCCUACCACUGACCCCACUAGUGAUCCUACAACUGACCCCACCACUCAACCUACUACUGAUCCUACCACUGACUCUACCACUGAACCUACCACUAAACCUACCACUGACCCCACCACUGAUCCUAUCCCUGAUCCUAUCACUGAGUCCACCAGUUAUCCUACCACUGAUCCUACUAGUGAUUAUGCAACCUACGAGAGUACGGACGAUAUCGGUUCUACAUCUACAGGAUACGAAACAACAGAAGCUAUACCGACAACCAUAACACCAAUUGUUGAAGACUGUACAGGCGGUUUAAUGACCCCUCUAGCCGUAACUCUAUUAGUUUUGGCAUCAUUAUUAAUCAUAAUUUUUGUGGCCAUAUUCUGUUACUGGCUCGGACGAAGAAGAGGCAGGGCCGAAGCGGACGCCCUUUUGAACAUAGAAGAAUUUUCUAGCACUUUUAAAAUGCCUAGAGUAAAAAAAGUUUUCCCUAACAUUAAACGUAAUCCUUAUGCCAAAGCAAUGGAUUACUUACCUUAA